AUGCAGUCGACCUUACUUCGGUUGCGCAAAGAGCUCCUUAACUUAGCCAGGGAUCGCUUACUUGCGGUUCAACAAGAGGAAAAAAUGGAGGCAAGUGAGGAUAUAGAGCAAAUAAUUAUUGCUGGAAAUGUGUCACUCGAAGCCUACAUCAAGUUUUGUAAAACUGUGCAAAAGCUUCCUGUCAAUAUUCGUUUUGUCGAUGGGAAAGUCGUAGCUUAUGAAGUGCCUCUCGCGAACCAUGGAAAGGUGUCAGGCAUGAUCACUUUCUUGAUCCGUACCUGGAAUCAUCAAUUAUUUAGCAUAACUAGGGAGGAUCUUAUUGUGUCUCAAAGUAGUUACUUAACUGCUGAUGUUACCUUCCGACCAUUAGACCUUCCUCCAUCGCCAGCUGGCCAGGAACUUAACUCAGAUGGGGGAGCAUAUCCAACUAUGGUUGUUGAAGUUGGCAACAGCGAAUCUCUUCCCAGUUUACAUAGACGGUACAAGGGCAAUGCUUGCACUGCGCUACCUACGUACAAACCAAAAUUUAUUGAUUGCAUAUUCCUGCUGUUGAACUUUUCAACAGUUCUCCUAUUGGUAGAGCAAUUAAUGGGUUUUAUUUGGACUUAUGGGAAUUACAAGAUGUAG